GGCAUCCAAUUGAUAUUGUCUUUCUUUCCUCCUUCGUUCCUCAUCUCAGCAAUCGACGCCUAGUUACAGCACUCCCCCCUCUCAAUCCUACUACUACCCCCUUUUUAUUAUUUCUUUUUAUAUUUUUUCUUUCUUUUUAAAUUUCCCAAUUCUCCAUUUUUAUUUAUAAAAUAAAAAAGGAGAAGUAAUUUUAGUUUUAGGAAGGCGGGGGAGCGAUCCCCUAAACCAAACACGAAAAAAUUGAAAUCUAAAUCUACAACACAAAAUGGCAUUUCACGUAGCUUGUCCAAUUACAUGUCGCCGAAUCUGUUUCUGCACGCUAGGGUUUCCGCGCGCUCUCCACGCUGCUCCCGACGCUGCCGCCAAUGCCUUCGUUCACGAUGUUGCGUCGCUCCGCGACUUCCUCGCCGACACGCGCAGGGACGACGCCACCGUGCAGGUCCCCGUCCCCAAGGUUCUGCCGCCGCCGCCGCCUCCUCCUCCUCCAUCCGACGUUGUUUCUCUCGGCGCUGACGCGCUCGAUGAGUCGGCCUCCAUGAAGGCCAAGCGCAUCGCCCUCCAGCGCAAGGGUGCCGCCGCCAUGAUCGCCGCCGAGGAGUACGCUCGCCGCUUCGAGUCCGGCGAUGUCGUGAAUACUCCGGGAAAUGUUACUGGAGACGACCAGGGUCAAGCCAAUAGGAGCUAUUGUCGAAUUUGCAAAUGUGGAGAAAAUGAAGGAAGUGAGAAAGCUCAGAAGAUGCUAUCGUGCAAAAGUUGUGGUAAGAAGUACCAUAGGAACUGCCUGAGAAGUUGGGGUCGAAAUAGAGAUUUGUUUCAUUGGAGUUCAUGGACCUGUCCUCUUUGCCGGAUUUGUGAGGCUUGCAGAAGGACUGGUGAUCCAAGUAAGUUCAUGUUUUGCAAAAGGUGCGAUGGUGCUUACCACUGUUAUUGUCUUCAACCUCCACACAAGAGUGUUUGUAAUGGGCCUUAUUUGUGCACAAAACACGCAAGAUGUCACAGUUGUGGAUCCAAUGUCCCUGGAAAUGGACUAAGUGUGAGGUGGUUUAUGUCAUAUACCAACUGCGAUGCAUGUGGAAGAUUGUUUACGAAAGGGAACUACUGUCCUGUUUGUUUGAAGGUUUACAGAGAUUCAGAAUCAACACCUAUGGUUUGUUGUGAUAGUUGCCAGCUCUGGGUACAUUGCCAGUGUGACAAUAUCAGUGAUGAAAAAUAUCACCAGUUUCAAUUGGAUGGGAAUUUGCAGUAUAAAUGUCCUACAUGUCGUGGGGAAUGUUAUCAGGUCAAGAAUCCUGAAGAUGCUGCCCGAGAGAUUUGGAGGAGAAGGAAUAUUGCUGAAAGAGAUUUGAUUGCUAGCUUGAGGGCUGCAGCUGGUUUGCCAACUCAAGAAGAGAUAUUUUCUAUUUCACCAUUUUCAGAUGAUGAGGAUAGUGGGCCUUUAAAACUAAAGAGUGAAUCUGCUCGUUCCUUUAAGUUCUCUCUAAAGAAUUUGGCCAAUGACUCACCAAAGAAGAAAUCUUCUAGCAAAAAGACUGCUAAGAAAAAAGACUCACAGUUAUUUAUGACUAGUAAAAUUGACACACACAAUAGUUGUGAAGGACAUAGUGAUAUUAAAUCUUUGCAUAGCUUAGAUGAUGAUAAGAAUGAUGAUAUACAAUCCCAGAGAAAUGAAGGUCCAGAUGUUUACUCAUCCCCUGCUGCUGGAAGCUUGAGUCAAACUGAAGCAUCUUUUCCUAUUGAUCAGCCAGGGAUUUUGAAACAAAAGUUUGUUGAUGAGGUGAUGGUCAGUGAUGAAGAGAGGAAACCCAGAGUAGUUCGAAUUAAAAGCAACAAGGCACUUAUUCCAGAUAGUGAAGAGGAAAGUGGAAAACACAGUCUUAAGACUCAGAAUGUGAAAGGGAAGAAGUUGGUUAUAAAUUUGGGAGCACGGAAAAUUAACGUGGCUAGUUCUCCACGGUCUGAUACUUCAAGCUGCCAAAAAGAUCAAGAUCCAGUGACUGUUAAUGGAAAUGAAGAUAUAAGCCAAUGGAGGAAGGGAGACAAGUUUGCAUUAGAUAGACAAGAUGACACAGCUAGGCAUAUUGACGGUAAAGGAAACAAAGUUGAUUCUGGGCAAUCAAAAAUUUUCAGGGUUUCGGGAAGAGAAGGGAAUUUGAUUAAGCUGGGAAAAGUUAAGCCAGAUGUUUCUGAAUUCAACCUGACCUCUGGUAGAGGCAAUAUGUCUGAUGGGCGGAUAAAACAUAGUAUUGAUGGAAUGAUUAAUCAGGUUGGAAUAAAAGCCCCAUCAAGAGGUGAAAGGACAUAUUUGGGGAAGCAGUCAGAAGGCAGCUCUGAUGCAUAUGAGACAGAUGACAAUAAUAAUCGUACACCUUCACAUUCUUUGCCAAAAGACUCCAAACCUUUACUGAGAUUUAAAUUCAAGAAACCCAGCAUUGAAAGUCAAAAUUCUUCUCAACAGGAGGAAGAGAAGAUGACAAUCAAGGGCCAGAGGUCAAAAAGGAAGAGACCUUCACCUUUUAAGGAGAAAACAACAUUUAAUGAGUCUGAAGGUGUAAGUCAAUCACGUCAAGACAGUGCAAUGGAUGGGAUAAUGGAUGCAAACUGGAUAUUAAUGAAAUUGGGCAAUGAUGCAAUUGGAAAGAGAGUUGAAGUUCAUCAGACAUCUGACAAUUCUUGGCACAAGGGAGUGGUUACUGAUGUAGUGGAAGGCACUUCAAAGUUAUAUGUUGCAUUAGACGAUGGGAAAGUGAAGAACGUGGAACUCAGGAAACAAGGGGUCCGUUUUGUUCCUCAAAAGCAGAAGAGAUCUAAGACAUGAACUAAACUUGUCCACCCUUUGUGAUCAUUUAAUGUGGAUACUUUUCUUAAUUGACUUUGAAGAUUUUUCAUCUUUGAGGCCUCUUACUGAAUUUAUGUUCGUAGCUGCUCACAUUGCCGCUGAUUUUUGGGUGAAGCAUUCUUGAUUGGAGCAAAUUUCAGUCGAAAGAAUUAACCAUUUACCUCAGUCCUUUUUCUGGGCUGCAGGUUCUUGAUCGCGAGUUAGAUUUUUGUUCCUUUUCUACAUGUAUCUGAUUUCAAAGUAGAUCCUACCUGUGAUGUAUAGGUUCACCAUUUCUGUAGAAUAGAUUAGUUAAGGCCAACGUGUUAGCUGUAUGAUUAAUAUUGGUAGUAUAUUUGUGAAUUCCAGGUUUCAUGAUUUGAGAUAUUAUCUUGAAAGAUGAAAUUAUCGUCAACUUUUUAGAGUUGAUGGUUGUUCACUUCUACCUUCUCA